CUCAGCUCCUUCACUCGACUCCGCUGCCUGGGUUGAGCUUUCCGGCUCCUCGCCUUCACCUCCAGGGCACACAGCUGACUUAGAACACCUACCGAAGUCAAGUUAUUCGCCAUAUUACGAACAAAGCGUCGGUGACGUGCGGACGAGCUAGUGUUAGCAGUUUGCAAAAGACAAGCUAACGGCUAAUUUGGCGCUACAAUGUUACCUCCCGGCGCUUCCAUCCUGUAACAAGUCGAUAUCUUGAUUUUGGAUGACAAACGUUCCCCGGAUGGUGAAUCUUUGUCGCCGCUCCGCUGACAAAUGUUUGAUUUUGGCGGCUGCUUGUCGUCAAACCAGGAAAAAUCCACCUCCCUCCCACCUCGACAAAAAACCCGGAAGUGGGCAAUACUGUCAAUUCCGGUGACAAUUCGAUACCAAGGCUCUUGAACGCCUCCCGGUGAUCAGCAUGGCGGCGGUGGCGGUCACCCGGACGACAACGAGUUGUACAGGUGGCUGCUGACGGAUGCUGGCAUCCAAGAAUCUUCCCUACCCGUCUGGUGCCUGGGAGGGGGCCAGAACCUUCUGACACCGCGCUCCAGAUGGACCCGUCCAAUCACUUUACAGUAGCGGACUACGUGAUAUUUGCCGUCCUCCUGGCCGCCUCCAUGGCCAUCGGGUUGUACUACGCGCUGUCUGGCGGGCGCCAGCGCACCACGCAGGAGUUCCUGAUGGCGGGCCGCAGCAUGCGCUGUCUUCCCGUUUCCCUGUCACUCAUCGCCUCCUUCCAGUCUGCCGUGGCCAUCAUCGGCGUACCGGCGGAGAUCUACGCGCACGGGACGCAGUACUGGUUCAUCGGCUGCGCUUACAUCCUCGGCCUCCUCAUCCCGGCUCGGGUUUUCAUACCGGUCUUGUACAGGCUCCGCAUCUCCAGCGCCUACCAGUACCUUGAACUGCGCUUCAAUAAAACCGUCCGCAUCUGUGGAACGCUGACCUUCAUCUUUCAGAUGGUAGGUGAGACACAAACAUUGGCUUCCACAUUGAGGACAUUUAGGACACCGUGUUCUCGCCCUGCUCAGGUUAUCUACAUGGGAGUUUGCAUGUAUACUCCUGCCUUCGCACUCAAUGCAGUGACUGGAUUUGACCUGUGGGUGGUAGUGGUGGUCACGGGGCUGGUGUGCACGUUGUACACGACCAUGGGUGGUUUGAAGGCCGUCAUUUGGACCGACGUCUUCCAGACCGCCGUGAUGUUCGCCGGGCAGCUGGCCGUCAUCGUCGUGGGGAUACAACAAACCGGAGGACUUUCUCAUGUGUGGAGGAAAGCCUGGGAGGGAAACCGCAUCUCGGGUCUGGACCUAAACCCGGACCCCACAGAGAGACACACCUUCUGGACUCUGGGCGUCGGCGGGGUCUUCCUGAUGCUGUCCCUGUACGGCGUGAACCAGGCCCAGGUCCAAAGAUACCUCAGCGCUCGCACAGAGGACGAGGCCGUCAGGUCUUGCUACAUGGCCUUUCCCUCCUUGCAGCUGGCUCUGGCUCUGAGCUGCGUGAUGGGCCUGGUCAUGUUUGCACGUUACAGUGGAGAGGAACACUUGGACGGGCCGGGCGCCUCUUCACGGGACGCGGUAGUGAUUCACUUUGUGAUGGACAUGCUGCGAGAUCUUCCAGGACUGCCUGGACUCUUUGUGGCUUGUUUAUUCAGUGCCGCUCUCAGCACCAUCUCGUCUGCCUUCAACUCCUUGGCCACGGUGACCAUGGAGGACCUGGUCAAGCCGCACUGCCCCGCCAUGUCGGACACCAGAGCCACGCUGCUGUCCAAGGCUUUAGCUAUGUUCUACGGGCUGCUGUGUUUGGCCAUGGCCUGUCUUACUCACCUGAUGGGCGACUCGGUUCUGCAGGUGGCGUUGAAGAUCUUUGGAAUGGUUGGUGGCCCAAAUCUGGGUCUCUUCUGUCUGGGGAUGUUCUUCCCUUGGGCCAACCCCACUGGUGCCAUCGCAGGGCUGGGGGCAGGUCUGACCGUGGCCUUCUGGAUCGGCAUCGGGAGCACGGUCACCCGGCCGCUUCCACCCGACUGCGGGGCCCCCAACGCCACCUCCUGCAUCGGGAACGUCACACUGAGUCGGGCGUGGUCUGGACUGGGGGGGUUUUAUUCGCUGUCCUACAUGUGGUACAGUGGCUUCAACUGCUGGGUGGUCAUCCUGACUGGUCUGGUCGUCAGCUACUUCACAGGUCACACCAGAGAGGAGGACGUGGCUCCGGGUACCGUCUACCCUUUGCUGGGGAAGCUGCAGAAAAAGAAGCUGUGCUGUGUGACCGCUACGCCGCAGCCUGUGUGCAGCGUGCAGCCAGCAGAGCAUAAAGACCUCAGCGGCACGGACGACAAAGCAACACAUGAGCGUUUAGUUCCUGCCACGACUUACGUGGAGCAUGAAUCAUCUGUUUAAGAACAUCUCUGGUUUUGCACUGGAAAAAUAAAAAAUAUGCCAAUGUAAUAUUUGCUUCAAGCCAAAGAUUGUGAUGACGCGUCACGUUUGUCUGCCUAUUUACGCAGCUAGGAUGUCAUCAGAGCAAUGGGAAUGACUUGAAUAUGUAUGCAGAUGAAAAUAUGAUUGUAUGUUACAACUGUUACAUGUGCCUGUAUCUGCUGCCUUACUUAUUUUAUUGUCCAAUCAAUGCGCGAUAUGGAAAAAUUAAAAUGACUUAUUUUUUUCA